CGCCUCAGCCGCCGCCGCCGCCCGCUCCCGCCCGCGCGCGGCGGGAUGGACGAUCAAUCCAGGAUGCUGCAGACUCUGGCCGGGGUGAACCUGGCCGGCCACUCGGUGCAGGGGGGCAUGGCCCUGCCGCCUCCCCCGCACGGCCACGAAGGGGCGGACGGCGACGGCAGGAAGCAGGACAUCGGCGACAUCCUCCACCAGAUCAUGACCAUCACCGACCAGAGCUUGGACGAGGCGCAAGCAAAGAAACAUGCCCUGAACUGUCACAGAAUGAAACCCGCGCUCUUCAGCGUCCUGUGUGAGAUCAAAGAGAAAACAGGUCUCAGCAUCAGAGGAGCCCAGGAGGAGGACCCUCCCGAUCCCCAGCUAAUGAGACUGGACAAUAUGCUUUUGGCAGAAGGGGUUUCAGGUCCUGAGAAAGGUGGGGGAUCGGCGGCAGCAGCUGCAGCCGCGGCAGCCUCUGGAGGUUCUUCAGAUAACUCUAUUGAACACUCAGAUUACAGAGCCAAAUUGACCCAGAUCAGACAAAUCUAUCACACAGAACUGGAGAAAUAUGAACAGGCAUGUAAUGAAUUCACUACACAUGUGAUGAACCUUCUCCGAGAGCAGAGUAGAACACGUCCCAUUUCCCCAAAAGAGAUUGAAAGAAUGGUGGGCAUCAUCCAUCGAAAAUUUAGUUCCAUUCAGAUGCAGCUCAAACAAAGCACUUGUGAAGCAGUUAUGAUUUUAAGAUCAAGGUUCCUUGAUGCCAGACGAAAAAGGCGUAACUUCAGUAAACAGGCCACAGAAAUCUUGAAUGAAUAUUUUUACUCACACCUCAGUAACCCCUACCCCAGUGAAGAAGCCAAAGAGGAGCUGGCCAAGAAAUGCAGCAUCACAGUGUCACAGGUAUCCAACUGGUUUGGCAACAAACGAAUCAGGUACAAGAAGAAUAUUGGCAAGUUUCAGGAAGAAGCCAACCUCUAUGCCGCAAAGACUGCCGUGACGGCCGCACACGCUGUCGCCGCCGCCGUUCAGAACAACCAGACCAAUUCACCCACCACGCCAAAUUCUGGUUCUUCUGGUUCUUUUAACCUCCCAAAUUCUGGGGACAUGUUCAUGAACAUGCAGAGUCUGAAUGGGGAUUCUUACCAAGGGUCCCAAGUCGGAGCCAAUGUGCAAUCACAGGUGGAUACCCUCCGUCAUGUUAUCAAUCAGACGGGAGGCUACAGUGAUGGUCUUGGAGGAAAUUCACUGUACAGUCCACAUAAUUUAAAUGCUAAUGGAGGCUGGCAGGACGCAACAACUCCAUCUUCUGUGACUUCCCCUACAGAAGGCCCAGGAAGCGUGCACUCGGAUACCUCUAACUAAUUUCCGGCAACACUUUUCCCUGAGCUGACAUGCCUCGAUAAGUGCAUUCAGAGCAAUAGGAGGAAAAGGAAAGCGUUUUUGUAGCCCACCGUCCACAGCUUUACUGUAAAACCUUGUCUUAUUAGAGAACUUGGUAAAUCAGUUUUUUAAGGAAUCAUAAUCAUUUGUAUUUAUACUUAAAAACACACAAUGUUAAAAAAGCACUUUAUCCAAUUAGGCCAAGAUUUAACAUUGUUGACAGUCCUGUAGCUAUUUUAUCAUAAUUUAUUAUCGAUAUUUUACAUUAAUGGUCUCACAGUUGCCAAUUACUUGGCCUUAAGGGUAAAAAGUACAAUAUAUGCUAAACCUCAAUCGUUAAAGCAGAUGCAAAGAUUCACCUCACCUAAAUUGACUUUCUCGCAUAUUUCCAUCGCAGACUUUGAUUGUCUUUCUUUCAUAUCGCUAAUGGGGUUGGAAUAAAGGAGCUGUUUGGCUCUCUCUGUUAACGAUGGUUUGUUUAAGAAUCUUCCUGGUCACGUUUGUGUUUCGAUCUCUUAUGUUAUAAUUAGAUCAGAGACUGGUAGCAUCUUUUCUCUCUCUGGAAGCACCAGUGCCCAGAGUCUGCUCGGUAAUUAAAUUAUGGAUCCAGAUUGUUCUGGGGGAUGAAGAUGCUUGCUGCUGAUAGAGGUGAACACGAGAUCUGUCUGGGGUUGUACGGUGUGCGCUGGGUGCUGCACGGGCUUGUCAAGGUUUGCUCCGUCCUCUGGGCAUCGGCAAGGGCCCUGCUCUCUGGAGUGUUGUAUAUAGUGUAGCAAAAGAGUAUUUAUACAUCUCACCAAUCAAAACACAGCUUGAUUACCUCAUGCGAACUCAUACAAACCAAUAGAAUUUCAACAUGUUCUGUAGCUUAGAGUGCUCACUUACUACCUCUGAACAAUACUCACGCUGUAGUUCGUCUCUUUCUUACCUUUUUGCAUCUUGUAAUUAACUCUUUGUUUCCCUUCAUAAAAUGUAAUUGUACAUUGUAAUCUUUUAAAAGAAAAAAAAAAAAAAUCAGGGUUGCAUUUGCAACCUUUAAAAAACCGAGAGUGGAAACAUUGGGUCUUCAAUGAACACGGGAUCAGUAGAACUGUUGUAAAUACUGAGAAAGCAUUUUGAAUGUCCUUCAUCUUGUUACUAAUCCAUGCAAAAAAGAAAAAAAGAAAAAAAAAAGCGGCGCCGAUCGUGAUGCAUUCAGAGUCCAGUAUUCGGUACCGUACACUUGACCCUGCGCGCUGGGGCCCCCUCUCCUUCCUCUCUUUUUGUAUUGUAUGCGAUUCUGAAACUGAUUGAGUCAUGAAAAUAAUUUGUGGCGGUGAUUCUAAUGUAUUAAAAAUGUUUCGUGUUCCUUUCUAACUGGAUUACACCCUGGAUUGAAAAAGUCUUCCUCGUGGUAGCUCUAUGUAGUUUCAAACAUGAAUAAACUUUUUGCUUUCAUGAUUAAA